AUGGAAACUUCGGUCGAGGAUGUUGUUAGCAGAUCCGACAGCCAAAAUGAAGCUCAAUGCGAAACGCACUCUUUAGUUGGAGAAGAUGAGGAAUUAUCUCAUAUUAUCCCGGAGAAGAUUAUAGAGGACGAGAAGGACAUUAUUAAAGAAUUGAGUCCUCUUUAUCUUCCAAAAAAAUAUGUUAUGCUUCCUGACGACUUUGAGGGAUGGGACUUCCCUCCCUCAUACAAAGAAAAUACCGAAAAGGAAAGCAGGCUUUUAUUUUAUUGCGAAAACUUUAGCCGACAAUAUGCUUAUUUGUGUCGCGAUCGCACGCGACUAUUCCUUACUCCAUUUAACGAAUGUGGAAUAGAAAAAUUCGUCUGUACCACCAUACAACCAACUAGAUUGCCCUUCAGCGAACUUUAUUCUUGGCAAGGGGCAGGCAGAUUCGUAUCCGAUUUUUUAGAUUUUGUUCCUCUUUUGCCAUCUACUGAGCUUCCUAGACGACUUCUCAGCCCAGAUACCUGCAUGAAGCUGCAAAAGGGAACUUGUUUUGAGUAUGCAACACUACUUUGUUCUUUGCUAUUGGGAGUUGGUUAUGACGCCUACGUUGUUUGCGGCUAUGCAACAAGGGAAACAUGCUACAUGGACGAGUCCAGCAAAAUAUGCCCACUAUUGGCGAGGGAUAAAGUUGUGAUGCUAACAGCAGAAGAAAGUGAAAUAAAAAAAUAUAGUGUUAAACCACCUAAAGACUUGGUAUCUAAAUAUAAAUUAAUGCUAGAAGCCCGAGCUAUUGAAAAAGAAAAAAGUAUAGAGGAAGAUAAAGCAAAUGCCCUAAUACUAGAAGAGCAAGAAAGAGAUAAACCUCUCCCAGAUCCUCUUUAUGGUUUACGAGUUCACGCAUGGAUUUUAGUACUCCCCGGGCGCCGUGAAAUCGGAGAGGCAAAGUCUUUGGAACAAUGA